AUGCGAAAACUCACACAUUUGCUUCCGACACUGCUGGCGAUCAAUGGGGCUGCAUCCUCACAAGACCUCAAUUGGCGCAACAUAUUUCCGAAUCGCAACCUAGUCUAUCACGACUGCUACGAUGAAUUCAAGUGCGCCCGUCUCAUUCUACCACUCAAUUGGCUAGACAACAAAAGCAAUCACACAGUCACCAUUCCCAUCAUCAAGUUACCAGCUGUGGUUGCGGAAACCGACCCAACCUUUGGCGGCGCAAUCAUCACAAACCCCGGCGGUCCUGGAGAACCUGGCACAGAAUUCGUGGUAGAUUUCGGCCAUAAACUGCGCAGUGUAGCUGACAAACCUGGGAAACGACAUUAUGAAAUCAUCUCAUUUGAUCCUCGUGGGGUAGGAAACAGUGAGCCUGCCGCGAAUUGCUUCCCCGAUAACACGCUAGAUCGCAUUGUCUCUACAUUCGAGACGAGGGCAAAUGGCGCAAGUUUUCAAGGCCUUGAAGCCAUUCCAUAUGGUCUGGCUUUGCAAGACGUCUAUGGCAAGCGGUGCAAAGAGGCGGAUGAUCGACUUGAAGGGGGCAUUUUUGAGUACAUGAGCACUGCAAGUGUUGCUCGCGACAUUGUUGAAUUGGUAGAUAAAAUUGAGGAAGCUAGGGCAAAGGAUCAGCCUGCUAGUAGUGAUGAUUCGACGCGCACAGAGCUGCGUAAGAGAGCGAUGAAGGAUGUGAACCGUGUUCAAUACUGGGGGUUCUCAUAUGGGACUGUUCUGGGUAACGUUCUUGCAUCAAUGUUUCCUGAGCGGAUUGGACGAAUUGUUCUCGAUGGAGUUGUUGAUGCGGAAGAUUUUGUGGCCGGUCAGGGCUACGCACUCAGUCUUAUUGACACCGACAACAUAGUAGACAGCUUCAUCAACGGCUGCUUCAAGGCCGGCUCAUCAAAAUGUCGCAUGGUCCAGCAAAGUGAUGCAUCCGCAUCUGACAUCAAGUCUCGAUUCUCGAAAUGGUUUACCAACCUCGAACAAUCACCCAAGAUAGUGACCGUCCAAGGAACUACAUUCAUCAUCACGCGCGCUGAAGUAGGCCGCGCAAUUCUAUACAGCCUCUACAAACCGAUCCAGACAUUCAAGGACCUUGCGUCUGUUCUAGAAGACGGCAUGUCCGGUAAUUACACUAGCCUCGCAACAAGGAUGCUAGACAUGAACAUCAUCUCGAAACCCGUAAACGGUUGCCCCAAAGAUAACCAGCCCGUUCAAGGGUCCUCAGGUCUCGAUAGUAGGAAUGGAGUGGUAUGCGGCGACGGAUCUGAUGUUUCUCAAGAGUCCAUCACUUGGUGGCAUUCCUACUUCAAAGACCUACUCGACUUGUCGCCUAUUGCGGCGCCGUAUUGGAGUACCAUCCGCUUCACAUGCGCUAGAUGGCCGUUCAAGCCGAAAUGGACUUUCAAGGGUCCAUUUGGCACACCUAAGCAUGAUCCAAGGGUGACGCCCGGGAAGCCAGCUGCUCCUAUACUCUUUGUCUCGAAUCGGCUGGAUCCAGUGACGCCUCUUGCUGGGGCGCGCAAAAUGGUCAAGAAGUAUCCCGGUGCUGGGCUCGUGAUUCAGGAGAGCCUGGGACACUGUGCGCUUGUCAAUGGGGAGAGUUCGUGUUUGAGUAAGCAUAUAGCUGAUUACUUUGAGACUGGCAAGGUGCCGAACGAGGUCAGUUGUCAUGUUCGGUGUGGACCUUGGGAUACUGGUUGUGAUGUUGAAGGCGUUGCGUUAAAGAAUCGGCAUAGCAUGUUGGGAGUUUGGUCAACGGCCACCAGCACGAUGGACAGCAGAAAAGCCAACUAG